AUGGGUGACUGUCGCGGAGGUCACUUCAAUUUGGAUAUAAAUAUGAUUGCAGCUGUUCUUGUACCAUAUAUUGAAAAAACACCAAGGUAUCCCAUCAAAGAUUGUCAAACACUCAUUCUUAAUAAAUACCACAAAAUAGUAAGUUGUUGUAAGGCUUAUCUUGGACGAAAGCGCGCCUUUGAACUAGUCUAUGAAAAUUGGGAGGGCUCCUUUCAUGAAUUGUCAAGGUUCAUGGCAGCUAUGAAACAUUUCAAUUCCGUCUUCAUUGAUGAAUGGCGAUUCGAACAACAUGAGGGAUUUGAUGAACGUAUUUUCAAUUAUGUGUUUUGGACGUUUAAGCCAUGUGUCGACGAUUUUCGUUGUUGUCGGCCAGUGAUAUCAAUAGAUGGAACACAUGUAUAUGGUAAGUAUGAUAUUAAAUUAUUAAUUAUAGUAGGUACAGACGGAAAUGGAUUCAUAUUUCCAUUAGCUUUUGUCGUAGUAGCGAAUGACAGCCUUGAUACAUGGACUAAAUUUUUGUAUGAUUUGCAUGAGUAUGUUGUGUGUGAUCGUCAAGGUAUUACCUUGAUAUCUGACAGACAUCAUGGCAUUCUUGGAAGUGUCUCGAUAGAGCAUAAUUGGCAAUCUCCUUUUUCCUAUCACCGCUACUGUUUAAGGCACUUGAAAGCAAAUUAUCAGAGAGCGUACAAAAGUGUUCGACUAAACAACCUCUUAUGGGCAGCUGCAACUUCUACCCAAGAGAAAAAAAUCUUGUUACGAAUGGAGUUGAUAAAAGAGACUCACUUGCUAGCAUAUGAGUGGUUGACGAAUAUUGAAUUAGAAAAAUGGACCUUGCACAAAGAUGACGGUACGAGAUGGGGUAUGCUAACAACAAAUAGCUCCGAGUCAUUCAAUGGUUUGUUGAAGUCGGCUAGGGGACUGUCAGUGACUACAAUGGUCAAAAUAUAUUACAAUAUGAUUGUGGAUCAUUUUGUUCAAAGAUCAAAGUAUGCAAAACAACUAUUGAUUGACAAACAAGAAUGGAUGCCAAAUCCUUUCAAAAAAUUUGAGGAAUAUAGGAAAAAGGCAUCGAUGCAUAGUAUUCAAAAUUAUCUUGUGACAGAUAACAUAUUCGAAAUCAGGACAUUCAACUCCCACCAUGGAAAGGGUGGUAAUAAACAAAUUGUUAAUGAGACGCAAAGAUCAUGUACGUGCGGACAUGAUAAGCGUAAUUGUCCAUCAAAAGAGCGUAAUGCACAUAGAGCAGAAAGUACUCCAGGUGGUGCUAGUACUUCUAGGAGAUGA